AUGUUAUGUGAGAAACAUUUUCAAGAAUGUCUUUCUUUCUUUUUUCUCACUUUCUUUUUUGUUUUUCUCACUUUCAUUCUUUCUUUCUCGCAGUCUUUCUUUUUUCUAAAAAAAAAUAAUGUGAGAAAAAAGAAAGAAAAUGUUGUUUCUUUCUCAAUUUCUUUUUCUUUUUUUCUCUCUGUCUUUCUUUCUUUCUUUCUCAAUUUUUUCUUUUUAUCUAUCUGUUUCUUUUUUUCUUUGUUUCUUUUUUCACACUCUUUUUUCUCAAUUUCUUUUUCUUUCUUUUUUCUUUCUUUCUUUCUGAAUUUAUUCAUUUUUCUUGUUUUCUUUUACUCAAAUUCUUUCUUUCUCAAUUUCUUUUUUGUUACUUUCUUUUUUCUUUCUUUCUUUCUUUCUUUCUUUUUUUCUUUUUCUUUUUAUCUAUCUUUCUUUUUACUUUCUUUUUCUCAUUUUCUUUCUUUCUUAAUUUCCUUCUUUUUUUCUUUCUAUUCUCAUUUUCUUUCUCAAUUUCUUUCUUUCAUUUUCUUUCUUUCUUUCUUUCUCAAUUAA